AUGCGGUCUCGGCAACGGCAGGUCGGCCGCAGAGUCGCAGCGGGCCGUGAACAACGCGACCGCGACAAUCGGGGGCGUGACGGAACACACGGCGCCGUGGACGCCCCGAUGCUGGUGGUUAUGUCGACAAGUAACGGGCCACCACGACGCCUGCCAGGUGAAACUGCCCAGUUGCGCACCAACCAGCGGACCGCGCUCCCCAUGGCCAUGCAGUGCGGUCGACUAUCCGACGCGACGCGGCCCCGGCAAUACGGCCAUCGAAAUAUCCCGGCGUGGUCGCACGGUGCCUUACGGCCGCGGGAUCCGCUUGGGCACGCGAUGCAGGCCGUUUCUUCGACCGCGAAAAUCAAAACAAGACGGGACCCCGGGCGACGUCGACCAGACGGACGACCUGGGACUGCAGCCCGGGAAAGCAGUUACGCACCGCCGGAUCAUCCAGCGUCCAGCAUCAGCCCGGAGCCCGUUGCGCCUGAAUGCGACCUGUUGUGCUUGGCCCGUACUACUAUUGGCAUCCUUUCCGGGGCGUGUUCUCAGGCCUUCAAUCGCUCCUGCCGUGGCUCCCCGGAGUAG